AUGUCGCCCUUCAAUCUUCAAACCUGCGCAAGGCCAAACAUCCUCGCCUUGGAACCUUAUCGCUGCGCUCGCGAUGACUACAAGGACGAUGGCACCAACAUCCUCCUAGACGCCAACGAGAACGCCUACGGGCCUCCCGUUCCCCAAAGCCUGGCCUCCGGUUCCGGUUCCGGCUCCAGUGGUCCUGAGCUCGACCUCCUCGGCCUGCACCGCUACCCCGACCCUCACCAGCGCGACCUCAAGCAGCUUCUGUGCAACCUGCGCACGACGCACGCGCACACCUCCAAGCUUCUCUCGCCCGACAACCUCUGCGUGGGCGUCGGCUCCGACGAGGCCAUCGACGCGCUUUUGCGCUGCUUCUGCGUGCCCGGCCGCGACCGCAUCCUCGUCUGCCCGCCCACCUACGGCAUGUACUCCGUUUCUGCUCAAGUGAACGACGUGGGGCUGGUCAAGAUCCCGCUGCUCCCGGCGCCCUCCUUCGCCGUCGACGUGCCGCGCGUGCUGGACGCGCUUACCAACGAACCCAACAUCAAGAUCAUCUACCUCUGCUCGCCCGGAAACCCGACCGGCUCCCUGCUGGCCAAGGAGGACAUCCGGAAGAUGCUGGAGCACCCGACCUGGAACGGCGUCGUGGUCGUCGACGAGGCGUACAUUGAUUUCGCGCCCGACUCGGCUUCCCUGGCCGAGUGGGUCAACGAGUGGCCCAACUUGGUCGUCAUGCAGACGCUUUCUAAAGCCUUCGGUUUGGCCGGCAUCAGGCUGGGCGUGGCGUUUACCAGCGAGCCGAUUGCGCGGUUGCUGAACAACCUCAAGGCUCCUUACAACAUCUCGAGCCCGACCAGUGCUAUUGCUAGCUAUGCGUUGUCGGAGGAAGGGCUGAAGACGAUGAGGAAGCACAAGGUGAAGCUAAUCGCCCAGAGGGAGAGGCUGGUGAAGGAGCUACCUACGGUCGAGGGGGUGGGUAAGCUGGCGGGUGGUGAGAGCAGCAACUUCUUGUUGUACGAGAUGCUGGAUAAGGAAGGAAAGCCGAGCAAUGAGGUUGCGCUGAAGGUGUAUGGGAAGUUGGCGGAGACGAAGGGGGUGGUGGUUCGGUUUAGAGGCAAGGAGCACGGGUGCUUGGGGUGCUUGAGAAUUACCGUGGGGACGGAGGAGGAGGUUACGAGGUUUUUGGCGGCGUUGAAGGAGGCGCUGAGGGAGGUUAGGGGGAAGUAA